GGCUGAGAGAGAUAUGGCACGAGCUCCCCUAGAGCUCUUCAGAACGGGCUAUGGCCCCCACGUCGACGCGCAUACAAAUCCUACGAAUGCCCCCAUGUCGACCCCUUUGCUGUAUUCACCACCAAGGCAACUCCCUACGAACUCAUUAUUUCCCUGUCUCCUAGUUUCAGUUUCAGCUGGAAGGAUCCCUUAUCCCUCUUUGGUUAGAGCCCAACCCCUUGUCAUCCUCGCCUGGAUUCAAAUUCGAUAGACAACUACAAUGGUGGCUCUCGACUCUUCCGUCCUAGUCGGGCUUUCUGUCUUGGCUCGGCAAAGCUUCAAUCUCGUCCAGAACAUCACUUUCGACGGAGCGCCCGGCCAGUCCGUGGACACAUCCCAAUGGAAUUUCAUAACUGACCUACAUGUCAACAACGAAGUGCAGCAAUACACCACCUCAACGGACAACCUCCAGCUCUCAGGCAAGGGCACCGUCCUCGUCAUCCCGCGCAAGUCGGCCGACGGGAAGUGGACGUCGGGCCGCAUCGAGUCCAAGGCCAGCUUCACGCCGGAGGACAAGAAAGUGACGCGGUUCGAGUCGGUGCUCCGCUUCGGCGACGCGCCCAAGGAGAAGUCGCAGGGCAUCUGGCCGGCCUUCUGGAUGCUGGGCGAGUCGUCGCGGCAGGGGGUGCCCUGGCCCGAGUGCGGCGAGCUGGACAUCAUGGAGCGCAUCAACGGCGACGCCAAGGGCCACGGCACGCCGCACUGCGGCAAGGGCGACGUGCCCUGCGGCGCCCUGACCAAGACGGUGCCGCUCGGGGAUAAUGGGUUCCAUACCUGGGCGCUGGAGGUCGAUCGCACCGAUCCGGAUUUUAAUAAGCAGAGCAUCAACUGGUUUUUGGACCAGACCAAGUACAAUACGGUCACGGGCGCGGAUGUCAAGGACGAGGGCAUCUGGAAGACCAUUGCGCACUCGCCCAUGUAUUUUAUUUUGAACAUUGCGGUGGGCGGGAACUUCCCUGGCGCGCCCAAUGACCAGACGGCGGAUGGGUUGAGUUCGAUGAUGGAGGUCAAGUACAUCGCCGUGUCUUCGACCUGAUCCUGGGAAGGAGCCUUGUCUGUUGCGUUUCUUACUAUUGUACCUUUGAUUAGCGAGCAAUGAUUUCUUUUUUUUCCCUCUCUCUUUUAGCCACCGCAUAGUAUUGCCAAUGCCUCAUCUUGUCGGCGGUAUGGGUUGUGCGACUGAUGCCUGGUCUGUCGUGCUACUGAUGCUGUGGGACACACACGCCUGGUUCACCGGCCUGCCGGAUCCCUUCGCGUCACACUCCUCGCUCACAGUUGUCUCACAAACCGUU